AUGUGUGCCUGGAACCGUUAUGGAGACCGAAAUACGGGUGAUGAUCGACGUGAUCGAACAUAUUAUCAUGAAGAUCGAAGCUAUGUAGGUUAUGAUUCUGGUGAUCAAUAUGGAUAUCGUUAUCGUGAUAGUCGGUUUCGAGAAUACGACCGUCGAGAAUACAGUCCUGUCAUAAGGGACUAUGACGAUCGUCAUGAUAGCAGAGAAUGGAGCUAUCGUCAGUAUCGUGAAUCGCAACGCCGUGGCGAUGAAUACUAUGGAGGGUAUUCACGCAAUGCGGAACGUUAUGACGACAGAUAUGACCAUAUGUCAUACCCACAUGGCGAUAAAACUGCCGGCAGAUAUUUGACUAGGGUUAUAGAGCGAGAAAGGGGUGAAACAGAUCGUUCUCCUGGACCUACUGCGAAUAAUAGUAGUGGUUCACAUAAUGAUUUUGGUACCAGUGGAGAUGCCAUAUCUAGAAACGUAGAUUCAAACAGGGGAGGUUACGUUGGUGCUCGAGAACAGAUCGUAGACGAAUAUGGUGAUGUCCGAAGUCAUCGUACAAUUGACACAGAUGAUCGCAAUGCUACAUCUAGUUCCGGUACUAGAACCGAAUCGGCGGUAAAAGUGGAGUGGUAUAUGCACCCGCGUUAUCAGGGUUCAAGGCGUUCAGGAUCAGAUCCCAAAGAAGAUAACAAAUCAUACACAAGGCCACGUAGGAACCAUGCCGAUAGUACAGCUGAGCGAGAAAAUAGUGCAACUGUGUUGGUACGUAACCUUUUGCCAACAAUUAGUGCUGAAGAUGUUGAGAAUGCAGUUUCAGAUUUGUGCAUACAAAAUGGCACAUCUGCGCCUAAUACAGUGAACAUACGAUCAUAUCAAACUGGGUAUGGUGGUGUGUCACAACACAGCUUGGGUAUAGCUGACGGCUACAAUUUUGAUGCCACCGCGGAACGGUUCGCAGUAGUUACCUUUCCAUCUCCCGGUAACGCGGCCCGAUUUAUGGAAUGUGUAAAGAGCCGAAAGCUGGAAGUCAAUGGUUUAGAGUUUUAUGUGGAAUAUGAUACUCUGGAAGUGAACGCUGGUAAAAGUGCAAACGAUAAAAUAAUGAACUACGAUGAUAUGCUAGAAUUCGAAACGCUUAUGAAACGUCGUAUCUUCUCAUGUGACUGGAUAUGUCCAUCAUGCCGUUUUAUCAAUUUUGCCAGAAGAACAACAUGUCUAAGCUGUGAAAAGGUAAAACCUUCAGAAGAGCAACUGCAAAGUCAGAAUCUCCUUGUAGACGCUGCUUCAGCAGGACAGACUAAAUUGAUACAUACCAAUGUGACUGAUGUAUCGUCUUGGGUAGUAUUGAAGGGUAUUCCAUUGGCUGCCGACCCUUCUAAGUUGGUCAUCCUGGUAUGUAGUAACGUACCUGAAGGUGCAGCACACCUGCAACGUUGUGUGUAUGUUAUAGACCCUCAACCUAAAAGUAGAAGGGGGUUUAUGUUCUGUCAAUUUUCAUCGGUUGUGCCUGUAACCGGAUUCCAAGAAGCUCUAGGUGACAAAUUAUCGGAGUUGAUCCAUUUUCAUGAUGGAUACCUUAGGCUAGAGGCAGUACGUUCUCUUGAGAAGCAGGUGGCGGACGAGCUUCUAAAGGGUGUGCGUAUGAACACGCUGAAGGUACACUAUGAAUUCCAUCAGGAGACUUUUGUAGCCACCGCACUCGCUGAUGAACCUACUGCAAAACUGGUUGGUAACAAGGAGUGUCGUACUGUUAAGGUGAAAACUACCAAUGUAGGUGCUUUAGAGCAACUAUGCAACACACACAAUGCUCCACCUGGUUCAAGGAAAUAUGUUAAUUCGUGGUUGUGCAAAGAAAUAGCACUACCAGAUGGGAAACCUGAUACCGCAAAGCUUACGUAUGAUCCAACUUCUGACUAUUUCUAUGAUUAUCGGCUAGGUGUGUACUUCGACGCUGCGAGCGGGUAUUACAUGUCUCUAAACAAGGACUAUUAUGUAUGGGAUGAACCAUCGUCUGCGCUUGUUAUAGUAGAGCAGCAAGGGUCACAUGACCCUGCCGAUCAAGGCAAUGCCCAACAGAAUCCGUCCAAUGUGGCAGGAUUAUUGGAAUCUGCAUUGAAGGCAGCGCAGAUGACCAAUCAGAGCACGCAGAAGGCAACGAAUAGGGCUGCUGAGAAGUUAUCAAGCGACAACUUAGGGAAGCCACAGUGUUCGGAUAUCGUCAAGGAAGGUGGGAGUGGCUCUCAUAUUGUCACAUCUGCAUCUCCAGUAGGCCCUCUUGCGCCAUCCCAGCUUCCGGAUGAGAUAUUUAGAACAUUUGACCUUUCUAUACAAUCGGAUGAUGAGUGUGAGAUGGAAGUUGAUUGCGCUGAUAAGCCGUCAACAAUCAUUGAUACUUCGGGUGUUGUUACCGCGUCUAAGAAGGUAUUGAAAGUGGAAGUACGACCUUUGGUGGUCUGCUUAGUAUGCCUUCGGAUGUUUACUGACCAAUCGAAAUUAGAGUUGCACGAGCGUAGGUCGCGGUACCACCAGAUAAUGCUGGAGUGUGACCGUUCUAUCACAUAA